GGUCACACUACAACAAAUAAAACAGCUUUGAUAAAGCUCUUAAGAAUUUAGAUAAUGUUUUUUUUAUUAGUGCUCAAUAUAUAAAUGAGUUUUAUUUUCAAAUUUGUUGCUGCAAUCAUACGCAAAAUGCUGGAGCUUUUGCAAAUUGGUGGAAAGCUAACGCACACACUAAGCAUCUAUGUGAAAACAAACACGGGACGCACGUUGUCGGUCAACUUGGAGCCUCAGUGGGACAUCAAGAACGUCAAGGAACUGGUAGCUCCACAGCUGGGUUUGCAGCCAGAGGAGGUGAAGAUCAUAUUUGCCGGCAAGGAGCUCAGCGAUGCGACCACCAUUGAGCAAUGUGAUCUGGGACAGCAGAGUGUGUUGCAUGCGAUACGAUUGCGUCCGCCACUGCAGAGAGAGCGUCAGUCCAGCACAUUGGUGGAGGAGGAACCCAGUGUGGUGGAAGAGCAGCCAUCGAAGCCACUCAAUGAAACGUUGCUCGAUCUGCAGCUGGAAAGCGAGGAGCGUCUCAACAUUACCGACGAAGAGCGUGUACGAGCCAAGGCGCAUUUUUUUGUCCAUUGCGGACAAUGCGAGAAGCUCUGUAAGGGAAAACUGCGUGUGCGAUGUGCUCUAUGCAAAGGCGGCGCCUUCACUGUACAUCGGGAUCCCGAGUGCUGGGAUGAUGUGCUAAAGCCGAGACGCAUUCGCGGACAUUGUGAGAGCCUUGAGAUUGCGUGCGUGGACAACGAAGCUGGUGAUUUGCCUUAUGCUGAGUUCUAUUUCAAGUGUGCCGAACAUGUUUCAGGCGGUGAAAAGGAUUUCGCAGUCCCCUUAAAUUUGAUUAAGAACAACAUCAAGGAUGUGCCCUGUUUGGCCUGCACCGAUGUGAGUGAAACGGUUCUGGUCUUUACUUGCGCCUCACAGCACGUCACCUGCAUCGAUUGCUUCCGCGACUAUUGUCGCUCUCGUCUCAGCGAACGCCAAUUUAUGCCGCAUCCAGAUUUUGGUUAUACGUUGCCUUGCCCCGCUGGUUGUGAGCAUUCUUUCAUCGAGGAAAUUCAUCACUUUAAGCUGUUGUCACGCGAAGAAUACGAACGCUAUCAGCGCUUUGCCACCGAAGAGUUUGUGCUGCAGGCUGGCGGCGUGCUCUGUCCACAGCCGGGCUGUGGCAUGGGGCUGUUGGUGGAGCCUGAUUGCCGCAAGGUCACCUGCCAGAGCGGCUGUGGCUAUGUCUUCUGUCGCAAUUGCCUGCAAGGUUAUCACAUUGGCGAAUGCUUGCCCGAGGGUGCCGCUGGCAAUGCUCCAAAGUCAUGUGAUUACACGGUGGAUCCCAAUCGCGCUGCCGAAGCCCGUUGGGAGGAGGCCAGCAAUGUGACCAUCAAAGUCAGCACCAAACCCUGUCCAAAAUGUCGCACGCCCACGGAACGUGAUGGUGGCUGCAUGCACAUGGUCUGCACACGCGCUGGCUGCGGCUUCGAAUGGUGUUGGGUCUGUCAAACGGAAUGGACGCGUGACUGCAUGGGUGCCCAUUGGUUUGGUUAAGCGAAGCAUUCGCAUUGGCUUAAAGAUGAUAAUGCAAGUAGAAAUAACUUGAUUUUAUCUUUCAUUUAUGUUGUUGACUAUUCUGUAAAACGUUUUUUGCCUGUACGAAAGACUGUUAAAGUAACUACAAGUUAAAUUUGUAAAAUUGUUAAUAAACACAAGAGCAGCUCGA